GGAUAUAAAAGUUUCUCUGUCCCACUGCAAGAUAAUAUCGUCCUGAAAGUGCAGAACAGAGCAGCUCAAAAACCCUAAAAAUCCAUAAUCCUCGACAGCCAAAAAUGGAUGAUAGUUUCAGAAUUCGAGUUGACAAAAUCUUCGGGUCUCUUUCGUCAUCUUCAUCUCCGAAUCUGAAUUCCCUGUGGUCCCUCACUGAUGACGAAAUUGAAAAGAAUGAGUGGAACCGGGCCAAAGAAGAACCCGAACCCGAACCGAAGUCAUUUUUCGCUAACGUUCGAGAGAAGAACAAAACGGAGCGGUUCGGUGAAGGUCUUGAGAAGGACCUGUUAGAUUUGGAUGAUGGUUUAGACGACGAAGCAGAGGCACGUGAUUCACAAGGUUUAUCGAGCCGGUCUGGUAAGGCAGAUGAUUAUAACGAUGAAGAGUGGGAGAUAAAGUGUAAUAUUGGUUUGGAUUGCACGCUUGAUUACGAGGAAGAGGAAGAUCAGUUCGACAAAGUGGCUUCCAGUGAGGAAAAGACUGGAGAUCACAUUUAUAUGAAGGAUGUGAUUGACUAUGUGACAGAUGCAGAUUGUUGUGAUGAACUUCCAGACUCAGUAAAGGAUUUCUCUAGGGAUCCCCGUGCCAACCAUGUUGCAGCUAAAAUUCGGCUGAAAGAAGAUGCAGAAGCUGCUAAGAAAAUUGGCUCUUUACGGGUAUCUGAGCAGUGUGCACCUUCUUUUAUGGAUGCUAAGAACAACUCUGAGGAGGAUUGCCUAAAACCAAUUCUGAAGAGGGGAGAUAACCCUUCUGAUUCCAAGCCUAAAAAACGUGUCCGAUUUGAUUCAGAAUGUAAAGACAGCUUUGAUGAGAACACUCACAGGGAAGAAGCUAUCAUCUCAAAUGAAGCGUUUACUUCACCUCCAGAUUAUCCCACUGGUAUUCCAGAUUAUAUGCGCAAUCCUUCCAAGUAUACUCGUUACACUUUUGAUUCAGAUGAUAUAGAUGAUAACUCUAAUGCUCAAGCCUAUAUGGACUUCUUUAAGAUGUUAAAGAAAAAUACUACAGAAUUGCCGGUAGAAGAUGAUUCCCGUGAUCUUCCCAAAACAGUUACCUUUAUACCAAAAAGAAAAACAGGCGAUGCUACAAUGACAGAAUAUAAUAGCAAGUCAAAAGAUGAUACUGGCAAGGAGUCGGUGCACAAGAGAGGCUUGCCUGUAGGCAUCCCUGCUGCUGAUGUGGAAGAUGAUGAAGUAUGUGCCAUGGAUGAAGAUGAACCAGAAUCAAAAGUUAAUAAAACCAUUGGUUCACAAAAAUCAGGCCGCCAAUAUCGGAGGAAAGUCAAGUCAGAUAUGGAGUAGACUAACCGGAUGCCUGACUAUUUAUUGAGGUACCUACCAUUCUAGCAUUUGUAAGCAUAUAAUGCUUUCGGAACCUGACCAGAGGUCGAUCUGGUCAAGGGGGCAUUUCAGUCUAGUCAGUGAUCAGUUCGUUUGAUAGUUGGAUCUGGAUCGGUUAAUUUUUAAAAAAUAUUAUUUAAAAUAAUUUUAUAUAAUAAAUCAUUAAACAUAUAA